AUACCGCCUCGCUCGGGCGGCGGAGCCCACGGCAUUGUCUGUGCCCCCGCAGGACCUGGAGUGGGACAUGGAGUCCCAGGAGCUGGCCCUGGAGCAGCCCCUGCCCGCCCCCGAGCAAGGCCCCGCCGGGGAGGCCGAGCUGCCGGCCGCCGAGAUCUCCCUGACGCUUGUCACCGAGAUCCAGGCCGUGGAUAGGAAGGUGGACGCCCAGGCCGCCCAGCUGAUGAACCUGGAGGGGAGGAUGAGGAUGGCGGAAACCAAGCUGAUCGGCUGCGAGAAGACGGCGGUGGAGUUCGGGAACCAGCUGGAGAGCAAGUGGACUGCCCUGGGCACCCUCAUCCAGGAGUACGGGCAGCUGCAGAAGCGGCUGGAGAACAUGGAGAAUCUGCUGAAGAACAGGAAUUUCUGGAUCCUGCGGCUGCCCCCGGGGGCGAAGGGGGAGGUCCCCAAGGUUCCUGUGGCGUUCAACGAUGCUUCAUUUAACUUCUCUGAGGAGGAGUGGAAGAGCUUGAACGAGUGGCAGAAGGAGCUUUACAGGCAUAUCAUGAAAGGCAACUACGAGGCCGUCAUCUCGAUGGAUGCUGCCAUUUCGAAGCCUGACCUCCUGUCACGGAUUGAGCAAGGAGAGGAUCCCAACGCGGAGGAUCAGGAUGACUCUGAGGGAGGAGAAACCCCUACAGACCCCAGCACCGAGUUUUCCUUUCCUGGUCCUGAUGACAGCUCGUGGAGUAAAUACGAAGAGACUCUGGCUGAAAGCCACGAGGGUUCUGAAGAAGAGGAAAGCAUGGAGGUCCCUAGUACAUAUGAACAGCAGUGUGAUGAGGAAGGUCCCGAAAGCCUUGAGCUUCCUAGCUCGUUGGCGGGAAAGUGGGAAGAGGUUUUCUCAAGCCCAGAGGAAGAGGUCAAGCCAAGCAGCAAGAACCGGAGCGGAUCGACCCCGCAGCAGAGAACCGCAACGGGCAAUGGGCUGAGGCGCUCCGCUCGCCGCGGGAGAGACUUGGCCAAGAAGGACAUUCCUGAGGAUGUGGCCGCAGUAGAGGGGCCGUACAUCUGCUGCGAGUGUGGGGAGAGCUUCCUGGACAAGCAGCUCUUUGCCGCCCAUCAGAAAGCGCAUGCCAGCGAGGAAGCCUGCACUUCCCUGGAGCACGGAGAAAGCUUCAGGCAGAAAUCCAAAACCCCUACGAAAGCCCAAGGGCCCUCCCGCUCCAAACCGUCCAAGCGCCCCGAUGGGGAGAAGGGCUCUGGUUUCAAGUACGGCUUUGUCAGGCACCAGGUGAACAACAUGGUGGAGAGACCAUAUACCUGCUCCCAGUGCAAGGAGAGCUUCAGCCUGGAAGUGAGCCUUAUCUUGCACCAGAAGCUCCAUACGGGGAAGGGCGAUGGGCCGCUGACAUGCACCUACUGCGGGAAGGACUUCCGAGACCUCUCCAAAGCCAUCCGCCAUCAGCGCAUCCACACCGGGGAGAGGCCGUACCAGUGCACCGAGUGCGGGAAGAGCUUCAUCCGGCGGGACCACCUGCUCAAGCACUGGCGGGUCCACACCGGGGAGACCCCCUACCAGUGUCCCGUCUGUGGGAAGCACUUCCGCUACAAAGAGUCUCUGAAUUGUCACCAGAAAAUCCACUCCCGCAACCCCCGGCCCAUGGAGGAUUCGCAGCACAAUCUGGAGUCGGCAACUCAAACCGGCCAUUUCUGUGUGAAAAAAGAAACUAAGCACCCCGUGCUGCGAGGCCAGGGCUGGGAUGAAGGGAAGAGAGGCGAGGCAGAGACGUGGUUAGGGGCACGACGCGGGAUCUGUCAAAGGCAAAAAAGCGGAGAGGAGAGAGCGGCAAAGAGCAAGGCGCCGGAGCCGGUGCUGCAACCGCGCUGCCCCUCGCCCCUCCGGCCGGUGGCCGGUGCCGAGCGUACCUCGGAGCGGGAGACGCAGACGGCCGAGCUGUCCCUGACGGUGGUGGCGGCCGUGCAGGCGGUGGAGAGGAAGGUGGACUCUCAUUCCACCCGCCUGCUUGACCUGGAGGGUCGGACGGGGAUGGCGGAGAAGAAGCUGAUCGACUGCGAGAAGACGGCGACGGAGCUGGGGAACCAGCUGGAGAGCAAGUGCGCGGCGCUGGGCACCCUCAUCCAGGAGUACGGGCUGCUCCAGCGGCGCCUGGAGAACAUGGAGAACCUGCUGAAGAACAGGAAUUUCUGGAUCCUGCGGCUGCCCCCGGGCAGGAAGGGGGAAGUCCCCAAGGUGCCGGUGACGUUUGAUGACGUGUCCGUCUAUUUCAAUGACAAGGAAUGGGAGAAGCUGGAGGAGUGGCAGAAGGAGCUGUACAAGAACGUGAUGAAGGGGAACUAUGAGUCGCUGAUCUCCCUGGACUAUGCAAUUUCCAAACCUGGUGUUUUGUCUCAGAUCGAGCAAGGAGAGGAAUCGCGGGUCAGGAACGAGCAGGACUUGGAGGAGAGCGAGAUCAUUACCGAUGCCACCGCAGCUGGCAUAAGGGUUGUGAUCAAAACGGAGGAGCUCCUUCCUGAAGACAGCCCCGAAAACCCUGAGCUGCACGGGAUGUCAGGGCAGUCGGAGGGGAGCUUCCAGAGUCCGGACGAGGAGGCAGCCUGCGAGAGCCCUUACGGCUCCGUCUCCCCUCCGAGGGACCUCCCGGGAACCAGCCUGGGUGACUCGUCCGAAUAUGUAGCUGACUUCAACGAGAUCCAGAGAGUCAUCGUUCACCACGGGAGCUGCACAGAGGACGGGAUCGUGAUCAAGACGGAGGAGGAGGAGGAGGAGGACGACCCCGACACCCUGGAGCCGUGCGCCAUGUUCUCGGGCAGGACCGAGCCGCCGGCGUUCCCCAGCCACGAGGCCGGGCUGGGCUGCGAGGCGCAGUGCAGCUCCAAAACGCAGCCCAGGAGCCUGGCGGCCGCCCGCGUGGGGAAGCCCCCCGCCUGCGAGAGGGACUCCGGGGAGAUGAAGCCGGCUAUCGCCCAGCAGCGGAACCGGACGAGGGAGAGACCCUACAUCUGCCCCGAGUGCGGGAAGAGCUUCAUGCUCAAGAUCAACUUCAUGAUCCACCAGCGCAACCACCUCAAGGAAGGGCCCUACGAGUGCCACGACUGCGACCUCAGCUUCCGCAACAAGCAGCAAUUCCUGCUGCACCAGCGCAGCCACACGCGCCGGGGCGUGGGGGUCCCCCGGCGCCCCGAGCACGGCCUCAAGCCCCAGCCGCGGCCCCCGCCUCCGGGGAAGCCCUACAAGUGCUCCGAGUGCGAGAGCAGCUUCAGCCACAAGUCGAGCCUCAGCAAACACCAGAUCACCCACGUCGGGGAGCGGCCCUUCACCUGCGGCGAGUGCCGGCGGAGCUUCCGCUUGCAGAUCAGCCUCAUCAUGCACCAGAGGAUCCACGCCGGCAAGAGCGAGAUGGCUUUCCUCUGCCCCCAGUGCGGGAAGAACUUCACCCGGCCCUCCCACCUCCUGCGGCACCAGCGGACUCACACCGGCGAGCGGCCCUACCAGUGCAGCCAGUGCGAGAAGACCUUCAGCGAGAAGUCCAAGCUCACCAACCAUUACCGCAUCCACACCCGGGAGCGCCCGCACGCCUGCGCCGUCUGCGGGAAGGGUUUCAUCCGCAAGCACCAUCUCCUGGAGCACCAACGCAUCCACACGGGCGAGCGGCCCUACCACUGCACCGAGUGCGGCAAGAACUUCACCCAGAAGCAUCACCUCCUGGAGCACCAGCGGGCGCACACCGGCGAGCGGCCCUACCCCUGCACCGAGUGCACCAAGUGCUUCCGCUACAAGCAGUCCCUCAAGUACCACCUGAGGACGCACAUGGGAGAGUGAGGGGCUGCCGACGGCUUCCUCUCCCUCCCCUCUCUCCCUCCGGCCCUCCUCCUCCUCCUCCGCUCAU